AUUCUUGCUCUCAAAUUGAAAUGUUCGGUGGUGGUUUGUAACGGUUAGAAUACGGUUUGUUUAAAUGUCGAGUGAUGAUGAAUGAUUAUUAAAAAAGGGAAAGAAAAAAAUUUCGCUUUAAUAGCGGUGUGUGCAAAUUAAUUGAAAAGGUCAACUUAAAAAUAACAAAAAAAUCUGUUUAACAAGAAAAAAAAUAAUAAUCAGUAAUAAAAAUAAUAAAAAGUAAACGAAUGGAUACAAUAAGAAUAAUAAAAUUAAAAUAACAAUACAAAAGUUGUUUAAAGUAACCUUAAUAAAAAAAUAUUUUUUCAACUAAGUGAAAAAAUCAUUAAAUUUAAUGUAAAAAACAUGUGAAGUACAUUUUCAAUUUAUCGUGCACAUUUUUAUUAUUUUCUGAAAGAACAUUGGAAUCAACUCAAACACACUUCAAACAUAAAUAAUAAAUUCACUUUAAACUUUUUCUUAUCGAAAAUGUAAGAUGGUGUCUGAGAGACGUGAAUGAGUUCAAAUUGCAUGACAAAUACAAACACAAACACACACAGACAAACAAAAACGCGCAAACUUUGUAAUUGUUAGAUCGAAAUCGUAAAAAUAAAAUCAUCAGGAAAUUUUUUUGUUUUUGCAAAUGCAGAAAUAGAGAUGAUCAAAAGCAAUAUGGUUUAUACCCACAGUAAAACCGAUGACAUACUUUUAAAUAAUUUUCAAAUUAAGAAAAAACGUUAUAAAGUACUGCUCAAUUAUGAUCAUAUUGUGUGGGAGCGUUUAGAUGUGAAACGCUGUCAGCGUGAAAACGAUGGAAAGAAACCGACAUCAGCGAUUUCAAUAGCAACGACCCCAGCGGCAACAACAGCAGCAGCCAUACAAAAAGAAGCCGAAUAUGAAAGAGAACAGUUAUCACAGAAAGCAGCUUAUGGUUGCUUAAGUAAUGUUUUACAUCUACACGAUGUGAUAAGAGUCUCAAAGGGUGCCACAAAAUCUGCCAGUAUACGCAAUGCGCACAAACCACUAGAGACGGCCGAAGAAUUGCAACAGCAACAGGUUACAACGCCAACCGAACAAUACCUAUCAAUUUACUAUGGAGAACGUAUUGUGGCCUCAGCAACCGAUUGCAAUCGUUGGCAUAUUCGCCGUUUGACCUUGCACAAUAAUGAUCCCUAUAUUGUGGCCAAAUGGUAUGAUAAUUUGAGGAAGUUAAUGCAAAAAGAUACCAGUAGACGUAUACAACGUUUGUUGGUAUUUAUAAAUCCUUAUGGUGGACGCAAAAUGGGUUUGCAAAUAUACGAAAGAAAUUGCAAGCAAAUUAUACAGUUAGCGGGUAUAGAUGCUUCCUGUAUUAUUACUCAAAGGGCCAAUCAAAUACGUGAUAUUCUGAUGACCCAUGAUUUAACGCCAUACGAUGCGGUCUGUUGUGUUGGUGGCGAUGGUACAGUAGCAGAAAUGAUUAACGGCUUGAUUGGGAGAGCAAUGAGAGAUCAAGGUUUAGAUUUGCGUCAACCGGAAUACAUUCCAAAACCUGUUCUACCGGUAGGCAUAAUACCAGCUGGUAGUACAGAUACCAUAGUCUACAGUUUACAUGGUACUUCAGAUGCACAGACAGCAGCUAUACAUUUAGUUUUAGGACAACGUCGUGGUCUGGAUAUUUGUAGUGUAAGGAAUCGUGAUGGCAUAGUACGUUUCUGUACCAGUGUUAUGGGUUAUGGUUAUCUGGGUGAUGUUGCAGCUAAAAGUGAAAAAUACCGUUGGAUGGGAACGAAGCGCUAUGAGUACACCGGAGUACGGACAUUUCUCUUGAAUCGAGGUUAUGAAGCAGAAAUUAACUUACUUUUAAAUGAAGAUGAACAUGAUGCUAGUAGCUCUUCAACUAAUACCAUUACGCCUCCUUACAAUGACAUCAUUUGUCAUGCCAACUGUCAGCGUUGUAGAAGCGAUUCCUAUAAAUCUCCUUAUGAUGACAACGAUGAGAAACCUUCCUCAUCUAAUUUAUCUCUUUAUGCCAGGGAAACUAAUAAUGACGAUUGCACAAUAAAAUCGCAACAAAAUCCUCUAGAAAAUGAAGAACAUUCCCGUAAUUUUGAUCGUAAUAUCUGUGAUAAAAACUAUACUAAACCCAUGGAAAAACAAACACAAAUUAAGGAUUUAAUUGAAAAGCCAGAGGCAAAUAUUAAACCCUCUUCACCCAGCAGCUCUUCAUCAUCCAUUAAUAUGCAACAGCAAGCAUCUGAACAGCAAAAACAAGAGCUAGUAGAGCUGCCACAGGAGCAAAAUGUUAUUGAACCGAAUGUUAGAAAUCCCCAAAAAUGGCGUAUUAUACGUGGUGAAUUUUUCAUGAUAACUGGCGCAAAUAUAACAUGUGCUUGUACACGCAGCCCUAAUGGUAUCUCCAGAUAUUGUCAUUUAGGCGAUGGCCAUUUAGAUGUGGUUCUAGUACGUAAAACUAAUCUGUUCAAUAACAUACGUUUGGUGAUCAAUACCAUGGGUCGUAGUGGAGAUGUGAGAAACUUGCCAUUCGUUGAAGUUUAUCGUACUCGGCAAUUUAUGUUUAAAACAAAAACAAAUUCAUGGCCACAAGAUUACAAUAGUGUGCGCGGAUCUUGCCAGCCUAUAAACGAAACUUAUGCCGAACAAGAAACGGCUGCAACAGAUAAACUAUACUCAUCUUGGAAUUGUGAUGGAGAAGUUGUUAGUGAUUUGGAAAUAACCAUGACAUCUCAUCGCCAGCUUUUGGAUGUUUUUAUGCGCGGUCCCUAUCUGUAUAAUCCUACUAAAAAUAUGGCCAACAAAUCGGUAUUUUGUUGCUGUUGCAAUUCUUAAGUUAGAAUUUUAGAAUAAAUAGUCGUGUUAAUUAUUUUAAAAAUAAGAUAUUUGUGUGUGAUAUGUAUGUUGCUUUCAAUUUUUAUAAUGGUUUUAAGCCGCUUUUUUAUAGACUAGAGCAACUAGAUAUUUUUGUAAAAAUUCGAAAUUUUUUAUUUAAUUAAAUUAAUUUAUGUUAUAAGGGUAAUUAUUAAAAAAGGAUAUUGGUUUUUCUUUUUUGUAAUAUAAAAAAUGGGGUUUUAAUUUAAUUAUAAUUUUAUGUUUGUUUAUAAUUUCCUGUUGAAUCUAUAAUUUUUAAUUUUACAUUCCCUUUGUUAUUGAAAGUAUUAAUUAGUUUUCGUUAUGAAUCCAAUUGCCAGUAGUUUUAUUUAGUUAAAUAAUAAAUUAUAUAUAUUUGUAUGUAUAUUUUCAAAA